CUACAGCUAAUCGGCGGAGUUCGACUCGAAGGUGGUGGGGGCCCAUCCCAUCAUCAAGCAAGUAAAGUCAAAUCCAACGAUUGGUUUCCAAGGAUGAUGGAUGUCUGUUGAGCUGGAGCCGUUAUUUUAGUUGUGCUGACCAGCUGUAAAGAAACUGAGUUUAAAUUCUGCACGAUGUCACUGUGGAGGCUUAUCACAGGUGCUUGCAGGGUUCCAUGCAGUUGUGGUUCCUCUGGGUAUAUCAAGACCCUCUCAACUUCAUCUUUUGCUAACAAGUCUAUUGUUUUAGGAGCUAAAGAAUCCAUUGCAGCAAUAGUUGGUUCCCAAAAUGUUUCGUCUGCAGAAGCUGUGCGUGAACAACAUAACCAUGAUGAAUCAUAUCACAUACCAGUUUCAUCUCCAGACCUGGUUGUAUGGCCCAGGACCACUGAGGAAGUGAGCCAUGUAGUCCAGAUAUGCAGGGACCACCAGGCCCCAAUCGUCCCAUUUGGAACAGGAACAGGACUUGAGGGAGGUGUCCUAGCACCACCGGGAUCAGUUUGUAUAGAUCUAACCAAGAUGGAUGAGAUCUUACACCUUCAUACAGAGGACUUUGAUGUGACCGUCCAACCUGGAGUAACUAGACUAGCCCUUAAUCACCAUCUGAAAGACCAUGGAAUGUGGUUUCCAAUUGAUCCUGGAGCGGAUGCAUCACUUGGUGGCAUGGCAGCAACAGGUGCAUCAGGAACGAAUGCUGUCCAGUAUGGUACUAUGAAAGAGAAUGUCCUCAACCUAGAGGUAGUGCUUCCUGAUGGAUCUAUUCUCCAUACAGCAGGCGAGGGCUGUCGACCAAGGAAAAGUUCAGCGGGGUACAACUUGACAAGUCUGUUUGUUGGAUCAGAAGGAACCCUUGGUAUCAUCACCAAGGCAACACUCAAGAUAUAUGGAAUGCCUGAAAUGAUGAUGUCAGCAGUGUGUUCCUUUGAUACAGUCAAUGCAGCAGUAGAUUCAGUAACUCAAGUAUUGCAGUGUGGAGUUCCUAUUGCUAGGAUAGAAUUUCUUGAUGAAAAUUCUGUUGAUGCAACAAAUAAAUUCAGUGAUCUGAACAACAAGCUGGCUCCUACUCUUUUCUUGGAAUUCCAUGGUUCAGAAGCUUCCAUCAAAUCACAAAUAGAAACAGUUGGUGACAUUGUAGCAAUGAAUGGAGGAUCUAACUUUGAAUGGGCCACUAAGAUGGAGGAUAGAAACAAACUCUGGAAGGCCAGACAUGAUAUCUGGUAUGCUAGUCUUGCAAUGAGACCAGGAUGUAAGGGUUUAUCCACAGAUGUAUGUGUACCAAUCUCUCAUAUGCCUCGUGUUAUCUUGGAGACCAUUGAUGACCUAAACAGGAUGGGUUUCAUAUACACCAUAGUUGGCCAUGUUGGUGAUGGCAAUUUCCAUUGUAUUCUAUUACUGGAUAGAGAUAAUGAUGAAUUCAAAAAGGCAAAAGAAUUCACCAGUAUACUUGGGAGGCGGGCCAUUUCUGCAGGAGGGACUUGCACCGGAGAACAUGGGAUUGGUUUAGGCAAGAAACAGCUUCUGACUGAAGAGAUCGGUGAUGUUGGGAUACAUGUCAUGAAACAGAUUAAACAUACAAUAGAUCCUAUGAACAUUAUGAAUCCUGGCAAAGUCUUAUAGUAUCUUUGAAUUUCUGUGAAUUGAACAUAGCCAUACAGCAGUGAAUUGUAUUUGAAUCAUACAACAGUAUUGUGAACAGGAAGCAACUUUUAUGAUACACAAAUUCCUGUUAUGUGUAUUUGUCUUGAAGAGACAUUACACUGGAAAUUUAUGGGAGAAAGUAGGCAUAGUUUGGAACAGAGAGGACUUGCUUGGCUUAGGUUCCAUACAAUGAUAAUGUGUGAUUAUUGCCCAUUUUCUUAAUUUCAUGGUAAUAAGAAAUCAAUUAGAUGGCUGAUCACAUGGAAAAGCCUGGAGCAUGUUACGUAAUUUGUGCCAGUAUGUCUAGGAUAGUCUUGGAGGAGAAAGGGAUGAUAAAAUACAUUAGACAAACCAACUAGUAAACUGCAUUUAUAGUUCUGAAACAUUUGAGUAUGGUACAGGGUGCUAGUUUGGGUUUAACAAUGAUGAGACCUAAAACCAGUUAAUUCACCUAGAAAUAUUGGUGAAAUCAACGUCUCGGAGAUAAAAUAGCCUCUACCCUCUUUUAAGUUUAUUUUAUUUUUUUCCUCAAAGUAACAUGAGCGCAAGCACAUCAACCGCGUUGCAAUACCCAGAUACGCAAUGGGUAUGUCUACGCAAGCACUGUUCUGUUGCGUAUCAUCUAUAGUUAUGCAAGAUAGAAUUUACACGCAAGAUAAAAUUAAAAAUUUUACCUCGGAGAUAAAAUGUCAUCUCAGAAUACCAAUUUCAUUUUAAGAGAUCAAAUAAAAUAUUUUAAAGAUAAAAUGACCUCAGAAUACCGCCCCUAGCUGUUCAAAUUUUAUCACAUUAGUCCAACGGGCUCACAUGUCGGACAGAUUAUAAUGUCCAAGUAUAUAAGCCUUUGAUCACAAAUUCAGCUGAUUGUAUGAUCUGUAAUAAAACUGCCUGAGUAUAUAAGAAGGGCUUCAAUACGUCCCUAUUUAAAGAAUGAAUUUUUCUCAAAUGCCUAUGUAUGAUUGUGUAUGUGUCAUGUGAUAUACAGUAGCAUUGUUAGAAGUACUGUUAAAGGCGUAUGCUAACAUUGUAGACAUGUAAUUUAAAAGAUUUCAAAGGAGAGAUGAAAUAUGUACAUGAAUGCUUUUCUGUCAACCUAAAAACUCUAAAACAACAAAAAAAUCGAAAGAAAUCCAUUUGAUAUACGUUAUAAUUGAUGGUUUUGUGUAAUUUCUAUUUUGUCGAUAAUAAUAGAACACAUAAGUGUAUGGGUGAAAUUAAGAUGGUAUUUCCGGUCACUUUAUAUUUCACUUUUUUGAAGCACUUAAUAAAAUAAUGAUUUUCAGAUGCGAUUUUUUCCGGGCUUCCUUUUUGUAACAUAUCACAGGUGCAGGCAACAAGUGGGACCUCGCAGCU